CUCUCCUCUCCGCUCUCUAAAAACAAAAGAGGUCCUUUUUAACCAUUCAAAUCUCCUUUUCUCGAAUGCUCCCUUCACGAGCCCAGAAUCACACACACACACACGAAGCAAUCGCUCAUAUCAAUCUCAACUGUUUUCGAUUCUGAUUUAGGUUUUCGUCAAUGGUGGAUCAUUACCAAGUCCUCGGCGUUACCAGAAACGCGACGAAGCAAGAGGUCAAAGAAGCGUUCCGGAGAUUAGCGGUGAAGUACCACCCCGACAAGCACGCGCAGUCUUCCGACCACGUUCGUCUAAACGCAACCGUGAGGUUUAAGCUCGUGUCGGAAGCGUACGAGGUGUUGAACGACGAUCGCAAACGCGCGUCUUAUAACGCUGUGAGCGAUUCCGAUUCCUUUCGCCGUACCGGCGGUUCGUAUAGCAAUCCGUACGGAAACCGCGGUUACGGUUACGGUUACGGUUCGAGGAACCGUGGUCAAGGGUCGAGUUUCUGCAGCGCGUUUGAGUCGACGUUUCGGUACUUGACUACACGCGCGUUUCUUCUUAACCUCGCGUUGGCUGGUGGUAUGUGCUUUGCCUUUACCGCGAUUGAUACAAGCGGGGAAACAUUAUGGAAAAUGCGCAACUCCGGGAAAUCAUUCGAAGAAGCGAUGGAUUCACUUGAGAAAACAAAGGUACAUAAGGAUGAAGGGUGAAAGAAAGGAUCCAGAGUAAUGGGGACAUUAUUGUAGUGGUGGGUAACGUGUUUGAUUGUCUUAUAUAAAGAUGGUGAUAAGGUAUAUUCCCUACUCCACUAAAAAUAUCUGAUAGUUCAUUUUAUAUAGUUUAUUUUUUUCAUCCAUGCGAAGAAGACUCGGAAAAUUAUCAAUCAAUGGGUAGAUUACAUUUAAUUUCUAAACAAUUCUUUAAGAUGAUUCGAUGAACAUGUAUUGAACUUUAGAUAUUCACUUCACUAAACCCAACAAACCAACCCCAACUUAAAUUUUUUUUUUACCUCAUU